AUGUUGAAAGCGUCUACAUCAAUGAGUCGUUCUCUCGACAAAAGGCUCGAUAAGCAAUCCGAUAGUCAAGAACUUCUGAAAGCCGUGCCGACAUUCGCAGCAAGAAUCCAAUCUAACAAUCAAAUUAGUACAGAUAACGAAAGCGAAGUAAGAAAACCUUCCGAUUCUGAAAAAGAGGAACAGACAAAAGCAGAAAAAAAUGGCCUUAAACCUAAGGCUUGGAAACUUGUCACCGAAGAGGAGACAAAUGGUGACGUAAUUAAAGAGUCUAAUGGCACUACAAUACAACAUACUAGCAGUGAUUCUCCGGACAACAAAGCAUCGGAUAAAUUGGAUAGCCCAACGUCGUCUUCAACGCCCAACGAUUCAUCCGAAAUGAGUUCGCUAUCAGAAUCGCCAUCCUUAUUGCAUGAUGAUCCAAAGCUUAAAAUUUCUAACAUCACUGCUACUAGCAUCACAUCUGAAGAUGAAUCAUUAUCGAAAAUGGAUGCAUCAGAACAUAAUCGAAUGUGUAAAAAAAGGCGCUGGGAUGAGUGUGACCAAAACGAAAAUGAAGACGACGGUAGUACACCUACAGUCUAUAAGCCAGAAGGCAUGAUUCUUUUCUAUUUUAACCCAUGUUUGCAAAUUAUGUAUCAAAAUCCAAAGCACAACAAAGAUCGAAUUGAUCUGUCAGAGUUCACUGUGACAGAUGCGAAAGAAAUGCAUUCAUUUACAAAUAAUUUGUUUCUUCAUGUGGUUAUGGCUUUACAAAAUGUACUUAUUUUUAUCAUAUUUAUUUCAACCAUAGAGCACGAUGAAAAUGAUAAACCACGAGUUGAAGUCCAAGAAGAUUUAAAAGUGAUUGAAAGAGACUUUGUACAACUGAGAGAUCAACUUUAUCGUGAACAAAUCCAAGAACUUGAUAAAGAAAUUGCGGAAAUAAAACAAGGUGUUCAUCCUGAUCAAAUAUCAUGUAUGGACGAAAUUGACAAGAAACGGAGAAAACGUUCAGAGAUAACAUCAUCACGGAAGCGAUAUCAAGAAUUACAUUGUCAAAGACAAUAUGAAGAAUCAGAAUAUAGAACAAACCGCCAAUUCUUGUCAGAUCGUUAUGCACUGAAAAGGCAUAUACUAGAUGAUUUGGAAAACCGUCGAUUUAAGUUGAUAAGAGAAAAGAAUAAUCUUGACGAUUCUUCACGCAUUGAAUAUGUAGCACCAGAACAAAAUUAUUUGAAACAACUUCAAGAGCAACGGUUACAUAUCUUAAAAGAAUUAAAAUAUUUACAAGAUAAUCAUGGUUUUCCAGCAGAUAUCCUUUUUAUUAGAAAAAAACCAUUGCAUGCUGAUGAUAUUGACGAAGAUUUUGCAUUGAUGGGGAUUUCGAAAGAAACACUCGUCCAAGUUCAUGAUCCAUCCCCAUUAUCCACAUCACCUCAAAUAAAGUAUCCUGAUGCAAGUCCAUCAGGGGAUCGGUUUUUGCAUUCGGGGCAAUUCUUCAAAAAAGGAGAUGCUGUUCUCGUAAUCGAUUCUACGUCUGGUCGAUAUACAGCCAAAUUUUUGGCUGCAACAGAUUCAGAGGUGGUAAUACAACGACCUGAUGGUUCAAAAACGAGACUUCAAAUGAAUUUAUUGAAAGAAGGCAAAUAUCAAAUACAUUUAAAGGAUUCAAAGGAGUCAUAA